AUGAACCGGGACAGAGCGGUACCGGGGCCCGGAGGAGAAGGGGUCCAGGCCGUGAUAAGCCGGGAAAGAGCCGUAGCAGGACCCGUGGUGGACGCGGUCCAGUCCGUGAUGAGCCGGGACAGAGCGCCAGACGGGGACGGGAUUCAGACAGUGGUGGGCCCGGACAGCGGAGACGUGCUGGACGGAGUUGCCGCUGGGGAGAAGCGGCUCUUCUCUAACGCGGUAGCCGGAGGCAGAGAUGUUCAGGCCGGGGAGAACCACUCGGAGCCCGCGCCGACAAACCCGGUGUUAGUCCCGCAACCGCAGGGCCCCACCGGGCACCGGACCACCUCUUUCUCCGUGCUGGACAUCCUGGACCCAAACAAGUUCACGAGCAGCCGGCGACCGCAGCAACACGCGAGCGACCGGGGAGAGCGCGAACUGAGCGCUUACGGAGCGGAGAACCGGAGAGGAGGAGUGGUGGAGCGCGAGCCCGGUCUGGAGCCCAAAGGCUGCUACGGGGCCGAGGAGUACCCGAGGAAGGAAGGCUUUGCAUACAGAUGCCCAGAUGAAGAUGGAUAUCACAGAUCCGGGACGCCAGACUCAGAGGGUCCAGAUGGCCCCUACAGCAGUGAAGAGAGCAGCUCAGCCUUGCCCAGUAGUGGAGAGAGAGAACAGGGCCAGCACAGCCACCAAGACCCCUCCAGAGACACCAAUAGCCCAGGAGGAGGAUCUGCAGGCCAGAUCAGCAAUGGCCAGACGAAUGGGGGCCAAGGGGUCAAGCCCAAGAGGAAGCGCUCAGGCUCAGACUCCAAGUCAGGGAAGCCCCGUAGAGCCCGGACUGCCUUCACGUACGAGCAGCUGGUAGCGCUGGAGAACAAGUUCAAGUCCACCCGCUACCUGUCAGUGUGUGAGCGGCUUAACCUGGCCCUGUCGCUCUCCCUCACUGAGACUCAGGUCAAGAUCUGGUUCCAGAACCGCCGGACCAAGUGGAAGAAACAAAACCCUGGUGCCGACACGUCCGCUCCCACCGGCGCAGGAGGGGCUGGGGGAGGAGGCUUGGGGGGUCUCAGUCCUCUCAGCCCAUCUCCCCCAGUCAGUGGGCACCUGGCCAUGCAUGCUGGCUAUGCCAGCCACCAUCACCCUCCCACUGGCAGCCUGGUUCAGCUCCCUUUCCUCACAGCCAGCCACGUCCUGUCCCCAUUCAUGUUGGGGACGCAGAGCUAUGCUGCCCCCGCUUUCUACAGCACACAUCUGUAG